UCUCGGCUGAUCUCUCGCUGUCAUUCGGCCACGGUCGGUUCCAGGAGAGAGGGGCAGCCAAGAAGAAGAAGAAGAGGCAGCACACAGGGAACGGCUGCGCUCCGUUUAAAGGACAGGGACAGCCAGCGAGAAAAAAAACACUGGAGGCACGCGGACAAUGAAACCGAGCGAGUAGGGCUUGUACGUGCACCGCGGCCGGCUCGAUCUCACACUUGCCAACAUUAACAAAGCGGUUUGAUGAUCCGGUGCAGGUUCGAGGCAGCAGAUAGAGAGCUGUGUCAUUGAGCAGGCAGGACACGUCAGGAGAAGGGAGAGCGAGCGAGUGAGCGAGCGAGAGAGAGAGAGCGAGAGAGAGAGAGAGAGGAAAAAAAAAGCUGACCGACCGCACUGUACGAGUCAGCUAUUAAACCGCCAGAGAAAAGCUUCUGCCUGCCGCGCUCAUUGUUUCAAGGACACCGGCUCGCUCUCAGCCCGACGCAGGGAUCUCGACAAAGACAUCGCCGAGGUCGAAGGUGGUGAUCAGAAGGACCAAACGAUCACGGGAUAGUAUUUGUUUGUGGGGGUAGAAAACAAAUGGGGGAUUACGGGUUCGGAGUCCUAGUUCAAAACAAUACUGGCAACAAGUCUGCAUUCCCGGUCCGAAUCCACCCGCAUCUGCAGCCCCCUCACCACCACCAAAAUGUGUCGCAGAGCCCUGCUGCUUUCAUAAACAGCACCACAGCCGCAGGGAAUGGCACCACGGGAGGCUCUCCGUGGCUCUUCCCUGCCUCCGCCACCCACAACAGCGUGCAAGACGAAAUCCUGGGGGGCCCAGAAAAGCCCAAAGCACAGCAGCAACAGGAAAUGCAAGAAACGCAAGAAAAGCAGCAGCAGUUGUCUCCUGGGAGUCACCAGGAGGGUGGAAGUGGUGUUGGGAUAAUUUCAGAACUGGAAAAAGCCCGGUCAGAGGACGGCAAGGCGGAGAACGGCACGUCCGAAAGCAGCAAUGGAAAGGAGAAGCAGCUCCGCCUGGAGUCUCCUGUUCUGACGGGCUUCGACUACCAGGAGACGUCUGGUCUUGGGGGGACAGGCCCAGUCCAGUCCAGUACAACCUCAUCAUCGCUCACUGGCUUCAACAACUGGUCAGCUGCCAUCCCGCCCGCGCCGUCAACUAUUAUCAACGAGGACGUCAGCUUUUUCAACCCGGCCUCCGCCAACAACGGGCCCCUGCUGUUCCAGAACUUCUCGCACCACGUCAGUCCAGGGUUUGGUGGGAACUUCUCUCCCCAGAUCGGCCCAGCAGCAGCCCUGUCCCAGCACCACCCGGCCCCUCCUCCACACCCACACUUCCAACACCCCCAUAGCCAACACCAGCAGCAUCGUCGCUCCCCGGCCUCUCCUCACCCUCCGCCGCCCUUCCCGCAUAGGAAUCCGGCUUUCAGCCAGUUGCCACACUUGUCUAACAGCCUGAACAAGCCACCGUCCCCCUGGGGUCCGGCUAGCUACCAGAGCCCCUCUCCUUCCCCUGGCUCCUCCACCUCCUGGAGUCCCGGAGGAGGCUAUGGCAGCGGCGGCGGCGGCUGGGGAGGCUCUCAAGGCAGAGAUUAUCGCCGUGGGCUGAACGGCGGCAUGACCCCCAUCAACUCCAUUUCACCACUAAAGAAGACCUUUCCCAACAACCACAUGGCGUCCCAGAAAUACCCCCGCAACAGUCCCGCAGGCUUCAACCCCAAGUCCUGGAUGGAUGAUGGAGUUGGCCGCAGCGACAACAUCUUCCCCUUUCAGGAACGCACCAGGUCAUUUGACAGCUUCAACAUGAACACUCUGGAGAGCUCCCUGAUCGACAUCAUGAGAGCUGAGCAGGAUAACCUGAAAGGUCGUCUGGGGUUCCCUCACCCUGGAGGGGAAAAUCCUCUUCCCCUUAAUGCCAGGAAUUAUAGCAGGAGACGAGGUCACUCCUCUCUCUUCCCCAUGGAGGACGGCUUCCCCGACGACGAGCGUGGCGAGCAGGGCCUCGCCGGGUUGGGCUCUCCUCACUGCUUCCCUCACCAGAACGGGGAGCGCGUGGAACGCUACUCCCGCAAGGUCUUCGUCGGGGGUCUGCCUCCGGAUAUCGAUGAAGAUGAGAUAACAGCCAGUUUCCGGCGUUUCGGACACCUGUUUGUGGACUGGCCUCACAAAGCGGAGAGCAAAUCUUACUUCCCUCCUAAAGGCUAUGCCUUCCUGCUGUUCCAGGAUGAGAGCUCAGUGCAGGCUUUGAUCGAUGCCUGCAUCGAGGAGGACGGCAAGCUGUACCUCUGUGUGUCCAGCCCCACCAUCAAAGACAAGCCGGUCCAGAUCCGCCCGUGGAACCUCAAUGACAGCGACUUCGUGAUGGAUGGAUCUCAGCCUCUGGACCCCAGGAAAACCAUCUUUGUGGGCGGAGUUCCUCGUCCGCUCCGUGCAGUGGAGCUGGCCAUGAUCAUGGACCGCCUGUACGGGGGAGUCUGCUACGCCGGCAUCGACACAGACCCCGAGCUGAAGUACCCCAAGGGAGCGGGGCGGGUCGCCUUCUCUAAUCAGCAGAGCUACAUUGCUGCUAUCAGUGCUCGCUUUGUACAGCUGCAGCAUGGAGAAAUCGAUAAACGGGUGGAAGUGAAGCCAUACGUGCUGGACGACCAGCUGUGCGACGAGUGCCAGGGGACCCGCUGCGGCGGCAAGUUCGCCCCGUUCUUCUGCGCCAACGUCACCUGCCUGCAGUACUACUGCGAGUACUGCUGGGCGGCCAUCCACUCGCGCGCCGGCCGGGAGUUCCACAAGCCCCUGGUGAAGGAGGGCGGCGACCGGCCGCGCCACAUCUCCUUCCGCUGGAACUGAGCGGAGGCCGGAGAGGGAGAGGCAACGGAGGCAAGGCAGCAGGAGGGCAGGUAGUGCAGGAGUCGCAAAUCAUUGUACAAAUAAAUGCACUUUUCUGUUGCUGGUUCCUUUUCGCUCUAAUUUCACCGGACUUUUUUUUGUUUGUUUGUUUGUUUUUUUCUUUUUCUCCUCGUUUUUAUUUUUUAAAAGUUAAUAUAUAUCGAUAUUUUGAAGAUAGAAAAGAAAAACUGGAACUAUAUCCGAUAAUGUCCAGCAAGGAAAAAAAAAAAGAUGUGUAACAUAGUUUUAUUUAUGCGUUUGAUUUUUUGGAAUAUUUUUAUUAGUUCUUGGAAAAAAAACAACAACAACAUAUAUAUAGGAAAGGUUGCGGUGUGAUUCUGGUACUCUGCUGUUCAAUUGGCAUAUUUUUUUUUUUUUUUUUUUUUUUCCUAAAGCGUGUAUUUCCAAAACGACCUGUUUCCAUUCGACACUCAGCUGACUUGUAGCAGAACUGUUUCUCCUUUCUUUCUUUUGUCCGGAGUCUCCACCGGCGAGACUCCGGGCUCCACGGCAAAAAAAAUGUGCUUUUGAAAAGAAGAAGAAGAAGUAGGAAAAAAAAAAAAGGUGUUGCUGAAGAAGAGUGCACUUAUUUCCAGUUGAAAGAGUGAAGACACAGUUAUAUGAGACCCUUAGUAGUUAACCAAAGCUGAAUCUCAAUUCACACAGAGGGCCCACUGCUGAACAAAACCCAUCCUUUUUCCCCUCCAGAUCACAACAACAAGUCUGAACUUCUCUUUUUUAUGGUUUCUGAGGCCGUACGGAUAUUUUAACCUUACUUGAAAAAUCGCCAUUCAAUUUUAGCAACAGAUUUGGGUUUUGAUCUCCAUUUUGACAUGCAAAAACUAAUACCUCAAACUCAGCUGCUAAUGUGCCGAAUACAGUUUAAAAAAAAAAAAGAGCGAGAGAGAGAGAGAGCGAGUGUUCUCCUUUCCUCAGUAGAAGAAUCAGAGGGAAGUGAAGCAACAGGCGGAGAGAGCGAGAGCGAUGUGACCGGCACAGUUUUGUACUCACUUGCUUCAUCACCUCCUUAUUUUUGUAACGAACCCAGGGUUGUGCGAGGGGGAACGGAGCGGCGCGCCGGACGGCGUGCGCCGCGUCUUUUAAUGGGAAUGUAUGGCAUAUAGGGAGGCUGCGGGAGAGACGAGAAGCUAUGAAUUCAGCUCCGCACCCCCCACCGCUUAACCGGAUCCAGGUCGGAGGUCGAAGGGCUGCUUCAGUAGUGCAGUUUUUACCACCAAACAGGAAAAGCCUGUCUUGUAUUUCUUUUUUUUUUUUUUUUUUUAAAUGCAUUUGUGCAAUUCUCCCAAGUCUUUAAUAAUAAUUUAAAAAGAAAAGUUCUACCCUGCAUCCAAGAGUCAGGCGAUGAGUAAAAGCAGAAUACCUGCUUUGCGUCGUGGAGGGAUCUGUCCCAUCAGCGAACCCUCCACCCCCCCAACCCCCCAACCCCCCCCUUUUUUUUUUUCUCCUGCCAAGCUAAUCCAACUCAGCAUCCAGUGUUUCUGAAGCAUAAAUGAAGAUAGUGUCUGCAGCGUGCUCUACUACUGCACACCUGUGACCCACAUGCGGUUCGGGAGCGCAGGUCCAGUCGGCUUCUGGGAACCAAAGAGUGCCGUGCAGUAGUGGCUCAUUCUGGAGCUCUUUUUCUCCUCUCGCUUUGUUUUAUAUCGUCUUUUUUUUUUUUUUUUUUUUUCUCUAAGUUUGGAUGUUUGUUUUGUUUUUUUCCAUAUCUCGACAUAGUUUUUUUUUGUUUUCAAAUCUUCUUACCCACGUUUAGUUUGACUGUCACGCCCUGGUGGACUCCAACAAACCAAAGAUUGGCCUUGAACAUGAUCUUUAUAGUCUGACAGAGAACCAUCAGAACCACCAGUGGAUCAGGGUUGACACACACACACACACAAACCCGACCGAGGCCUCACACUCCCCGGCUCCGGCCAGAGGUGCGCCCUUUCACUUUCUUUUUUCUUUUGAAAUCUCACAUAGGUCUGCGUGUUUGGGAAAGUUAACACAAAGUGCAUGUUCCCACAGCAAAAGUCAAACUAAUCCUCUCAUUUGUUUCCCGUCACUCAGCGGUAACCUUACUAGCCGAGCAUUUAAAUGUCAGGGAGUCAGUACAGAAACUUGAUGAUACACACUAGUGAGAAUCCUCAUAUCGGCGUGGUGUCCUUGCACCGGUUUUGCACCCUGGACAUUAGUUUUGCGGGUGUGUUGGGUGAGCAUUUUAGAAGUUAAAACACUUUGUGAAGAAUUUGCUGUUAAAUGAGAUGAAAAAAAAAAAGAUUAUUUUAUACAUGGCCUGCUGAUUUUUGGUACAGUGUUUUCUAGCUAAAUUAUUUUGUCAUGCACAUAUAAACAUUUAUUAUGCACUACUUUUCUAAAUAUUUUUUCUUUUUCCAACAGUCAUUUUAGGCACAUUUUUCACAAAUGGGGAAACUCCUUUUUGCAAUACCUCAAUUUUUCACAUUGUGAAAGGUAGCUUUUGUACUUUUGUUACUGAGAGAUCUGCAUAUAUGGAAAUGUUCAUUUUAAGAAAAAAAAAAAAGUUGAGUGAUUUCAAUAUAUAUUAUUUUCAAUUAUGCUUUUUAUACAUUUCAGUGCUGAGGAAUCUUUACAACUAAGUGCGCACUUGUGUUGAUGCGACUUCAGAUCUGCAGAGGAGAGAGACCAAAGUGUAUCGCUCUCUUGGUCUUAGCUUUUCGUACAUUUAAAUGUUUCCAGUCAAUCUGGUCAAUAACAGCAUGGCGAGAAAAAAAAAAAAAACAACAACAACAAUACACACAUAAAGAGUUGUAAUCUGAAAUCGAUGUUAAUGUCUCUAAACAUGGCUCUACUAGUUGGAAAUGGUAACUUCUGUCUUGGUUUCCUCUCCAUGGAUGGAGUGUAACUUAUUAUAAGGAGAAUGCAAAAUUCGGUUCACGCUUAACGCUGAAUCUCGUAUCACAAGAAUGGAUGUUUGGUGUUUAGAUAUUUUAAUAUUUGAAAAAAAAAAAGUAUAUAUAAAUAUAUAUAUAUAUUCUUGAACUUGCCAACUAGCACCUAUUGUAAUCCUUAGCAUGCAUGACGAAGAAAAAAAAAAAAAAAA